AGCAUCACAUGAAUAAUUUUCUAAAACCUGUGUGGAUUUUAUUUGACUAUAUUUCAUGUUGUUUAAAUACUUUGACGUUAAUAGUAAAAUGACAGUUUCGACAGAAACUUUGCUAAAGGGAUGACUGCCCCUUUAAGAGCGGCGACCAGCUGCUCAGCGCCCAAUCGCGGCGCGUAAACUGAACUUUGUUGUUGUCAGCAACUAAGAGCUAACUGUUAGCUAGCGUUAGCCGGACACCGAGCUAAAGAGGCGAUAUCUUGCACCCUAUUCGUCCUAAUAACGGAGGAAAGCACGGUAAAAAUUUAGCUUGGACUGCUACGAACGUAAACAAGUCUCUUCCAUUAGCAUUUUGCCUCCGAUAUCAACAAAAAUGACAUCUGCGCUGUCUGAUCCAACCCUAGAAAGACAUUUUAAGGGUCACAGGGACACCGUAACAAGUGUGGACUUCAGCUGCAACAUGAAACAAAUCGCCACAGGCUCCAUGGAUUCCUGUGUGAUGAUCUGGAACAUGAAACCUCAGAUGCGAGCGUAUCGUUUUGAUGGACACAAAGAUGCCGUCCUUUCCGUCCACUUUUCCCCAUCAGGCCAUCUGGUGGCCUCUGCCUCCAGAGACAAGACUGUACGUCUUUGGGUGCCAAGCAUGAAGGCUGAGUCAACAGUAUUCAGGGCUCACACUGCCACUGUGCGCAGUGUUAACUUUUCUGGUGAUGGACAGACUCUGGUCACGGCCUCUGAUGACAAGACAAUUAAAGUGUGGACAACCCACAGGCAAAAGUUCCUCUUCUCUCUCAACCAGCACAUCAACUGGGUCCGCUGUGCCAAGUUUUCUCCAGACGAUCGCUUGAUUGUGUCAUGCAGUGAUGAUAAGACCAUAAAGCUGUGGGACAAAAACAGCAGAGAGUGCAUUCAUUCUUUCUAUGAACAUGCUGGUUAUGCAAACUAUGUGGACUUUCAUCCCAGUGGAACAUGUAUUGCUGCAGCUAGUACUGACAACUCUGUCAAGGUGUGGGACAUCAGAUCGCAUAAGAUGCUACAGCACUACCAAGUUCACAGCGGUGUGGUGAACAGUUUGUCUUUCCACCCAGCUGGUAAUUUCCUAAUCACUGCGUCCAGCGAUUCCACAAUGAAAGUCCUGGACCUCGUAGAGGGCAAGCUGCUGUAUACACUGCACGGUCACCAGGGUCCAGUCACCUGUGUGGCCUUCUCUAGGACAGGGGAGUACUUUUCCUCUGGAGGCUCUGAUGAACAGGUAAUGGUGUGGAAGAGCAACUUUGACUGUGUUGAGUUCAGUGAUGGCGUCAGACUGCAACAUAAAACGGCUUCCAGUUCACAGACACCAACGGCUACUUCCACAACUCACUUCCCCCUUAAUUCGCAUACAUCUGUGUUACAUAGCAAGACCUCUGAUCCAGCUCAGCAUUUUAAAAGGCAGGACUCUCAAACUGCUGCCCACACUCAGAGCUACAGACAGAUUGGCAUCCAGAGCAGAGCAUCUCAUUCCCAUGCCAAUGGAAGCCACAGCAUCAGUUCCUCCACCGCCCAUCAGACACAAACACAGAGUUUACCGCAGCAUUCACCCCAGGGUCAAGCACAGUCCCAUGCUUCAGAUGGAGGGGUCCCACCUGGUCUAGCCAACACCCUGGAACACAUUAUAGGCCAACUGGAUAUUCUCACUCAGACGGUUUCGAUCUUGGAGCAGCGGCUGACGCUGACGGAGGAUAAGCUCAAGGAGUGUUUGGAGAACCAAAUGGAAAUCGGUCUACAUCUCCAGAGAAGCGAGGAGGCUUAAAGUUAGCGGUACCAGAGACACAUUGAUCUGUGGUGUUGGAGGGGGGAAGUGUGGUUGCAUCAACACCAUACACCGUUGCCAUUUGAUCACACUGAAAGCGAGGACUGAACCUUAAAUGCACACUGAGCCGUCCUGCUGAUGUACUGUGUCUGGCUGUGUUGAAAAGAGAUAUGAGAAGUGAAGGAGUUGAAUAUUAGAAAAGUUUCAGUACAGCAGUGCUGAGCAUGCAGUCGCUUUCCUGCUGACAAAAAGACCCCACUUUACCGCUGUGAGACACUGUGUGCGAUUGAGCGUAAUGGUUGCCUGUACAGGUGUUGACACUUGUGCACAGUGUGUAUGUUUUUACCCAGUCUGUAUCGUGCAGGAGGCCAUUAGCCACUGGGUUUUUUUCACUGAAAAGUGCAUAUUUGUGUAACCAUCAGUCAUAUUUGUCAUUUUUGAAAGGAAGGAUAUGGCUCAAUGAUCCUGUUGCGUUAAGACAGUUACUCAAGACGUUUGUUCUCUGGUAACGUUUACAGAGCCCCCACAGUGCCUUUAUUUAGUUUAAGGUGAGAGAAUGUUUCCAGCUGACAAGCUUGAGUCCAUUUUUAUUACUAUUCCUAUUUUAAUUUCACGAUGCAUCUGGUGAUAGUUUGGUUUUGUUUUUUUACUGAAAUGACCAUUCUUUAGUGCCUCCAGCAAGUACUGAAAGAUAACAGGUUGUUGAUUUUCAUGGUGACUAUAAAAUGAUGCCCUCAUAUUUUAUGUUAAAGUGAUGCUGCUUUUUACAUUGGUUCUUUUUGUUCUGUCAAUAAAACUUUUAUACACU